GAUAACUAGUCAGCGCUGGUGUGGUGGCUCCUAUGGGCUAUGGAGCUGUUAGGUGGGCAGGUUGGGGGAGGGAGAUGGGCUGAGGAGGGUGUUGCGUGGGCAGGCUUGGCUGAUGCCUUUAGCACAUUUCCUCUCCUCCUCCCCCUGAUAUAGGGCCGCCCUGGGGGAAGUGCAGAGAGCUGGAGCCCCCGAGGGACAGACACAGCUUGACAGACUGUAUCUCCCUCUGACACAGGCCCCAGGGCUCUGUGAAUUCACACUUGGGCGGCAUUCGUCUAAGUCUCCGGGCAAUAAAGGAAUUUUGAAUCUGACUCGGACAUGGCGCGGGGAAGCUUAGACAGACACCAGGACGCUACCUGCUCCCUUCCCCUGUGCUUCGACCCCUUGAUCAAGGGAUGUGUGAGGUGCACAGACCUGCCUGGACACUCCGAGGAGGACACAACAUGCCACACCAGCGUAGCUCCCACCUCAACCCAAGCACCAGCGCCUGGCCCAGGUUUGAUCUUUGGGAUCCCUGCUUUAGUGGGGCUAGUUCUGGUCCUGGCUGCACUCUGUGGAUUGCUGACCUGUAAAGUGAGGAGGAGGCGGCAGAGGAAGAGGAGGAUCCCUGAUGAAAAGCCCAAGGAAAGCCUGGACAGUGUCAUUUCCUGUGAAAGCCAGGCCUGUAAGGGACCAAAACUGCCAGAAGAAGAUGAUCUCGUACUGGCCACAUGCCCACACGUGAAUGGCACCCUGAAGCAUGCUGGGCCAGCAGGAAGAGGAGAUUUCUCAAAGAGGAAGCCAGUCUUCCAAGGUGGGGCAGGAAGUGAUGUCAUUAAGCUCUCUGUUCUCUCCGCCGGCAACGAAGAACGUGACCAUGGCUUUCCCCUACCAGCAACAGAGCUGGGGGCCACUGUCUUGGUGACCACAAAGACCAUUCAGAAUAACUGCACCACUGAGGAGAGACCAUGACAGCAGGCAAAAUACGGCUGGCUUUAGCUGGUUGCCCCCUGAAAGUGACAAAAAUCCCUUCAUUUGGGUGGAUAAGCUGUUGCAUGGAAAUGACUUGAAUCAGAACGAGACUUUUGCCUUAAAUGAGGUCAGCCUCCUAUGCCUUUUAUGUAACCCUUCUGCCAGGCCGAGUUGAUAGCAGCAAGGGCCGGGUUCAGUACAUAGGGGUCCCCU